AUGGACGCCGUGGUAGAAACCUGCAACGUCCGCGUCGUCACAACCAUUGGUCAUGUUGAUCAUGGCAAAACGACUCUCAUGGACGCUCUUCUCGCCUCAAAUAACAUCAUCUCCUCCCGGAUGGCCGGGAAAAUCAGAUAUCUGGACAGUAGAGAAGACGAACAGGAACGUGGCAUCACGAUGGAGAGCAGUGCCGUCUCUCUUAGAUUCAAAGUUAUGGAAAAGACAGCGGUGGGAGGAAGCUUUCCAAAAACAUAUGCCAUUAAUAUGAUCGACACUCCGGGGCAUGUCGAUUUCUCGAGCGAAGUGUCUACAGCAUCGCGAUUGGUCGAUGGUGCGCUCGUGCUUGUCGAUGUCGUCGAGGGCGUCUCGUCUCAGACCAUCUCUGUACUACGACAAGCAUGGCAGGAUAGACUUAGACCGAUACUCGUGAUCAACAAACUCGACCGGCUUGUCACAGAGCUCAAGCAAUCCCCGACCGAGGCGUAUCACCACCUCUCUCAGCUCAUCGAACAGGCGAACGCCGUCAUGGGUAGCUUCUUCGCCGGGGAGCGCAUGGGGGAUGACCUCCGCUGGCGCGAAGAGCGCGAGCGGCGUCUCGCGAGUAAGAAAGAGAGCCACGCAGACGAAGCGGACGCGAUCGUGAACGAGGCGGACGAAUUCCAGGAAAAAGACGACGAGGACAUCUACUUUGCGCCGGAGAAAGGCAACGUGAUAUUUGCGUCCGCGAUCGAUGGGUGGGGAUUCCGCAUAGGGAAGUUCGCCCAGAUCUUUGCAGCGAAGCUGGGGAUCAAAGAGGCUAAUUUCAGGAGCGUACUGUGGGGCGACUUCUACCUGGAUCCCAAGACGAAGCGUGUCAUCAGCUAUAAGCAUCUUCGAGGACGCUCUUUGAAGCCGCUGUUUGUCCAAUUUGUGCUUGAGAACAUCUGGGCGGUCUACGAUGCAGUCGCUAUCAACCCAAAUCCGGACAAAGUCACGAAAAUAGUAUCGACGCUCAACUUAAAAAUACCACCUCGUGAACUCAAGUCCAAAGACAGCCGCCAGCUCCUCUCCCUCAUCUUCACUCAAUGGCUAUCUCUCUCGACCUCCGUGAUCCAAGCCAUAGUCGACAUCGUACCCUCCCCGCCAGUCGCUCAGCCCAUGCGCAUACCCAAAAUGCUCUACCCCGAGCUCUACGAGUCGUCCAUUGCACCGAAGAAUAAACUCGAAAGGGACAUGUAUACCUGCGAUGCAUCGGCAAGUUCACACAUCGUCGCAUUCGUGAGUAAGAUGUUCGCCGUUCCACAAGCAGAGCUCCCAGAACGGAAGAAGCGCUCGCUCACUGCGGAAGAGAUGCGGGCACACGCCAAAGAAGCGAAGGCAAUGCGGCUCAAGGAUGAAGAAGAAACUGGGAACGGCACAGAUAAACCCGAAUCUACUUCUAUCCCAGCAGCUCCCGAUUCUGUUGAUAAGGACGAUGCGGACUCUAUCGAAGGUUUGAAGGACGCCGACGAGACCCUUCUUGGCUUCGCACGCUUGUAUUCGGGCACUAUUCGUAAUGGAAGCACGAUUUCGUGCGUACUUCCAAAAUAUAGUAAUGCGUUAGAACAGGGACACCCUCGCAAUCGACGACACGUCAUAGAGGCCAUUGUCGAAGGGUUAUACACCAUGAUGGGGCGGGAGCUCGUAGCGGUGGACUGUGUUCAUGCAGGAAACGUCUUCGCGAUCAAGGGCUUGGAAGGUAAGGUAUGGAGAUCUGCGACCUUGUGUGCUGCAGGGGUGGGUGCACAGGCAACGCCAGACGAAAAAUGGGCUAUCAAUCUGGGUGGGGUGAAUCUUCAGGCGCCACCCAUCGUCCGUGUUGCUCUCGAGCCAGCCAUGCCUGCUGAUAUGCCAAAACUUAUACGCGGCAUGAAGUUGCUCAGCCAGGCCGACCCUUGUGUAGAGACCUUCCAGCAGCAAACUGGAGAGCAUGUCAUUCUUACCGCCGGAGAACUGCAUCUGGAGCGCUGCUUGAAAGACCUUCGCGAGCGAUUCGCAAAAGUCGAUAUUCAUCCAUCUAAACCUAUAGUACCAUUCCGCGAAACCGCAGUCAAGGCUCCCGACAUGGCCCCUCCGAAAACCGCUGGGGCACCGCGAGGGACAGUCCAAGGGACAAGCCAUCUGAACCUCGUCAACUUCACUAUUCGCGCUGUCCCACUCCCAAACAGAAUCACCACGUUCAUUCGUAACAACAUCUCCGUUUUCAAAAGGUUGCAACACGAACAGGCUGCCGCUGACGACUCGACCGGCACUUACGACGAAGAAGACGAAAGUAAGGAGGCUGGCAUGUUAGGCGAUGUGAUGCACAAGCCGACCGUUCGCCCUGAGGAUUAUUGGCACACUCUGGAAGAAAUCUGUAGAGAGAUUGGAGGGGAAUGGGUUGAUAUUGUGGACACGAUCUGGGCUUCAGGACCUCACAAUGCUGGCGAGUGUUUGCUGAUUGACGCAAGGAAAGACGGAAAUCCCAAUUCUUUGAGACGUCGUUUAGAUCGUACCAAAGAAGGGGACUUGACUGACCAACGGAAGGACCAGCUAUCUAAAGAUUUCGAUGGUAACAUCGAAACAGGCUUUCAAAUUGCUACCUUCCAGGGCCCUUUGUGCGCCGAACCCGUGGAAGGCGUGGCGUUCUUCGUACAGGCCGUUGAGAUCGAUCGCGAAGGGGUUGAGAAGGAGCGUCAACAAAGUAGGAUAUCGCAGGUGACGGGAUCAGUGAUCUCAGCGAUGAAGGAUGCCUGUAGAAACGGAUUGUUGGAGUGGUCUCCGCGGUUGAUGUUGGCCAUGUAUUCAUGUGACAUACAGGCAUCAACGGACGUGCUAGGUAAAGUUUACGGCGUUGUAGCAAAGCGGCGUGGGAGGAUAGUGGCAGAGGAGAUGAAGGAGGGGACCUCGUUCUUCACCGUGCAAGCAAUGUUGCCAGUCGUGGAAAGCUUUGGAUUUGCGGAUGACAUCCGGAAGCGAACAUCAGGGGCAGCAAGCCCACAGCUUGUUUUCAGUGGAUACGAGUUAUUGGAUCAGGAUCCAUUUUGGGUGCCUACCACAGAGGAGGAGCUAGAGGAUCUAGGAGAAAAGGCAGAUCGAUCGAACGUAGCCAAGGCGUACAUGGACGGGGUUCGGGACCGAAAGGGAAUGUUCGUGGACCGAAAAAUUGUAGAGUUUGCAGAGAAGCAGAGGACUUUGAAACGGUAA